CACACUUGGCCGAGCUGCUGAGAGGUCUGGUCGCCGCGGCAGAAACGCAGAAUCCUCGGCGUGCUCCAUCCCGGCCGCGGAGUCCGGAGGCAGCCUCCCUGCGUCCCGGAGAAGCCUGAUGAAGUCCUCCGAUAUCGAUCAGGAUUUAUUUACAGACAGUUACUGCAAGGUGUGCAGUGCACAGCUGAUAUCCGAAUCCCAGCGCGUGGCCCAUUAUGAGAGUCGAAAGCAUGCAAGCAAAGUCCGACUGUAUUACAUGCUCCACCCCAGGGAUGGUGGGUGUCCUGCCAAGAGGCUCCGGGCAGAAAAUGGAAGUGAUGCCGACAUGGUGGAUAAGAAUAAGUGCUGUACCCUCUGUAACAUGUCUUUUACUUCUGCGGUGGUGGCUGACUCACAUUAUCAAGGGAAAAUCCAUGCCAAAAGGUUAAAACUGCUGCUAGGAGAGAAAACGCCCCUGAAGACCACAGCAGCACCUCUGAGCUCACUUAAACCCCCUCGAGUGGACACAGUUCCUGUGGUCGCAUCUCCCUAUCAAAGAAGAGAGUCAGACAGGUACUGUGGCCUCUGUGCAGCCUGGUUUAACAAUCCUCUGAUGGCCCAGCAGCAUUAUGAUGGCAAGAAACACAAAAAGAAUGCGGCUCGCAUGGCUCUGCUAGAGCAACUUGGAACCUCCUUGGACCUGGGGGAGCUCAGAGGUCUGAGGCGCAAUUACAGAUGCACCAUCUGCAGUGUGUCCCUAAACUCAAUAGAACAGUAUCACGCUCACCUGAAAGGAUCCAAACACCAGACCAACAUUCCAAGAUCCAAAGAAAGCUCUCUGGAAAUGUCUAGUGUUCACAGGAUGGCAGAAUCGGGCUUUAUUUUAGCCAUGGUUAUGACUAUGCAUGUUGGCCAUAAACUGAAAGCCUGAAGAACAAGUAGUGAAAACAUCAAUCAAGAGAUAAGAGAAGAUACCAGCAUUUCUCUGCUGUAGAGAAUCGCUUAUCAACCAUCAGAGGAGGGUCCUUUCUUGAACAAUGAAUAUUUCUUACAAGGAUUCACAGAUUAGCACAUGACCAAUUUUAAUUCUGGAAAGUAAAUAAGGUUUCAUUCUUUUUCUGUUUUUAAAAAUUUAAAUGGUAAAUUAUGAUAUUUGAAUGAGUUUUUUAAAAAAAUCUCUCCCCAUAACAUGUUUAGUAUAGGUUCUAAAUUGUAAUCACAUAACAAACAGAUGGAGCAUUAUUCAGAUUUACAAAGUGGGAAAAAUUUAAUUUUCAAUUUAUUGUAGAUUUCCUCAGAGUAUGAGGAGUCUGUGAAACCCUUUAUGAUUGUCAUGUAAGUCACCUCAAUUCCAUAAUAAACAUGCUUUUGUUACACGGUGAACACAGUUGGUGACCAGUGGAAGUUGUACCCUGGACAGAUACAGACCACUCAGUCCUUCCCCUUCUCGCCAGACUUGCCUCUAAAGGCCAAGAGCACAAGAGCGGAUGGAGACGGACGAGCCUGACUCUUCUGAUCACGCUGAAGGACAGCUUCCCAAGGUCGAGCCAGUCCUCUUUGCAAGCUGCCAGAUCAUAGCUUAGGAAAAGAAUUAGUCUGCUUGCAUGAUGAUCCUCUUAGGCAAAAAAAUGUCUUCACAGAGGCUGACCUUGAUAAAAUUCUUUUCUAAAGGCAUCCAAAGGAGAAUUAUAAACCCCAGAGUGCAAUGGCAGUAGAUGGUUCUUCUGAAGUUGGCCUGAAUUGUGUGCUUUCAUUGGGGGCACUGACAGUUUGGGGAAAAAAAGUGACUGAAUGAGCUGCAGUCUGUCUAGUUCUCCUCCAUCUGAUCUGAGAUUCAGUGACUUUGGGAGGAAUGCCUCUGGGUAGAGAACCAGAUGGGGAAUUGAUGGUGUCUGAUAGGAUGCAUGUCUGAGUACAAGUAUCAAGUUCCUUCUCCAGGUGUAACUCCUCUCCAUGAAGACCGGAAGUGGAGUCUUACAGGCGCUGCAAGGACUCGGAACUCCCAUUCCCCGGCUCUCAGCUGGCUGGGGCCGCCCUUUGCACCUUGUGACCACAUACAACUGAUCUACAGAAAUCAUAUUUUCCAGACAUCCAUUGCUUUCAACAGAGAUCUGCCGUGGUUACAACCAGUGAGCAAUAAAUGAAAUGACACUGAGAUGCACAGUGCUGUUACUGAGGUGCCUGACUUCCUGUGUGAGGACGGCACUGUCCGUAGGGGCCAGGCUGGGCCUGACGGGAGGGUGCCGCACACCACGUGCCCACCUGCCUUGGGUGGGGAGGGAGGAGGGUGUGGCACGGACAGUUUUAUUUUGCUGUUUUGGAAAGAAGCACAUAACAGAGCUACAAACCAGUAAUGGCUUUUCUUCGAAUGUGUGAAAUAAAGCUUUAUUUGUCAACUCUGCUGUAAAAUAGGCAUUGUCUGAGUUAAAAACAAUAUCUGUUAUGUUUGUGUUUAGUGCCUGAGCUCUUGCCCUGGAGUGUUGUGUUUAUUUUUUUAAUAACCUAAUAUAGAAAAAGCCUAUGAUCAUAGAUUUCCUUUGCUUUACAGAGAAACUCUGCCAAGUCCUUUAUAGAUAAGCUUCCAGCUACAAUAAUCAGAUUAUUUCAGAGUGCCUCUCUAAAUACCACUGCUUUUUGGCAACCUGCCACAAAUGCCCCACUAGAGGUUUUGCUGGGUGAGUGUUCUAAAGUUUAUUUUUGCCCAUGCAGAUAAAGAAAAUUGUCAUUCAGCAGCCCAUGAAGAUAUGCCCUGAUUGCUGCUCAAAAAUGCUAUUUAUAUUCUGGGAACUCUUGAAUAGAGACGUCUCUAUUUGGGAAGCUAUUGGUCAGUGUUUGUUUCUUUGGUAUGACGUUGCUUAAUUAAGUCUGCUUGCUUUCCUUAUUAUGAGGGGAUGGGAGUGGGAUUUAAGGUAAAUGUUUUCAAUUGGCCAGUUGAUCCCAAAGGCGAUAAAAGAGAAGCAUGGAGACCUGGCUGCACCCCGGGGGCCUGGCCAGUCAACCUGCAGCUUCCCUGGUAGAGAACAACCUGAUCAUAGCAGAUGAGGACUCACGGAAGCUCUGUCUGUAAACCAUAUUCAAGGAAGACAUGGAGAAAACUCAUCUAUGAAAGAGAGAGCUGUCCGUGUUAUCUGUGUUUAAAAUACUUUUGUUGUUCCAGAGUGUUUGAAGUAAAUGUUGACUAACCAAGUACUGUCUACUUGAAAUUUUGUUGCAAUGAAGAGGAAAAUAACUAAAAAUUAAGAUAGUACACAUGCCUAAUGGACUCUUUAUAUUAAAUUAAAAUGUUCAGUAUUUAAAAGGGCAGUCAUUAAGGGUUGGCAUCAUCUCCUUCUCUUUUUGUCCAUGAGACAAUACUGGGGACACGCCAUGCUUUGUACAUGUGCCCUCCUGCUGAGCUGUAUUGUUAGGCCUAGUCUUGUCUUCCUAAAGAGCUAAAUCACUCCUUGGUCCUCGUAAUACAAUCCAAAUUUGCUUUACAAAAGGUUCUUCCUCUUUAGUGCAGAAAUAAGCUUCAGGCCAGACCACAAAUGCCAUAGUCGUGAAACCCAAAUUAAUGAGCUUUCCUUGUGUACAGUCUACACAGUCCAGUGAACUAAUAAAUAUGGUCAUAAAGCAACCUGCUAAGUAGCCGGUGCUGCUGUGAUCCGUCUGCUGAUAAUAGUGUCUAUAAAACUCUCAUUCAUGACUGGACUGCAAAGACCAAGAGGCUUUGUUUCCCACUGGCCUCUUAGAUGACAUAUAAACAUAAAUUGAUGUGGCAAGAAUUGUCACACCUUCUACUGGAGUGAGUUUAUUAGGCCAACCAUCCCCAAAGACGAAAACAAAGAGACAUGCCCAAUUCUGACAGUCCUGUAAGCAACUCCCCAGAGGGAGGGGCUGAGCUGUCCGGGGCAUUUAUGACGAGGUGGUGGGAACACAGAUCAUGAAACCCCCAAUAAGAAACUGCCAGGUAAUGACUAGACGCCCUGGUAAAUAUUUAUUUUUCACUUGAUCGGCUUGUCCAAGGAAUUAUUUUUCUUUUCUAAGAAUAAGAAGGGUCUGACCAACAUUUUAUUGUGGGGAUGGACUUUCUCCUUUUCUGGAUCUUAAUUUGUUCAUAUUAAAGGCAUGCUAAACUACCUCACAGGUUUGUUGUGCAGAUUAGCUGAUUAAUAAAUAACAAUUGAUUAAAAUUUAA